AUGCAGUGUGUCUUGAUAGGCUUGCCUGACCGAAGGCUGGGACAAUUUCUCCGUUGCCAAUCGGAGGAGACGCUUUGUGCGCCUUCCGGUAAAGUUCAUGGAGAAACGACAGCGCACCAAGGCAUGAUCAGAGUCGACACAGGUACUCCAAUACGAGCGGGAAUCCAGAAUGGAACCGCGCCAUCUGUAACUUAUGGCUAUGUGGUCAAUUUGGGUCCAUCGCUGGCCAGCUACAGGUGGACGCCAAGUGGCACUUCGGCGCCCACUGUGUCUAAAAGCAGUGCUAGUAAAAAACAACUG